AUGGCAGACACCAAGCGAACUUCUGACAAACUGUCUUCACUCCAUGUUGAGGAAGCAGACCCCUCCAUGGGCACCGAGGUGGAGGUAGCUCAGGUGCAUACGAUGGGUACAGUGAAGUUGACUGAAGGGGAACUUGUCUAUAUUCCGACACCGACAGCAGAUCCUCAAGAUCCAUUGAACCUACCCAUGUGGCAGAAAUGUGUCAUUCUUGCUGUCAUCUCUGUUUUCUCAACGCUCGGUCUGUCUCUUGUUUCCGGAUUUGGUGGCCUUUUGGGCUUCUACAUCCCUCAGUAUGCUGCAGCUGGUAAAGACUACAACGAUAUAACCAUGUUGAUGACUUACCCAUCACUUUUUAUGGGAAUUGGUAACAUCGUCGGCAUGCCGCUUGCGAUCGGAGUAGGCAGACGCAUCGUAUUCCUUGGCUCAACAGUUAUCCUAGUGAUUUCUGCAGCUCUUUGCGCUGUUGCCAAAACCUAUGAAUGGCAACUCGCAUGCCGAAUGGUUCUCGGACUUGCAGCAGGACAAAGCGAGUCGGUCGUGCCUAUGGUUUCUCAGGAGAUAUUCUUUUUGCACGAACGCAGUACAGCAAUUACCGUCCAGUUAGCGUUCCAAGCCAUCUUGACAUGCAUCUGGGUGCUUUUCGCUAGUCCUAUUGCCGGCGCCAUCACACCGCAGUGGUGGUAUGGUUUAGGUGCUAUACUGAGUGGUAUCCAGCUUAUUAUAACAUUCUUCUUCUUGCCUGAAACCAAGUAUGACCGGCCAUUGUCAUCAUAUCAGGAGGGAAGUUCUUCUUCCACAGAUGACUCCACAACGGAUAAUCUUGAGGGAGCAUCCGUUAAAAGGGAGGUACAAGUUUGCAUGAAUCGGCCUCCAUUGGAUUAUGUCAACUAUUCUCCACGCACGUGGAGGUCGGACCUGCGCUUAUGGAAAGGAACCCCUGAUUGGGCUGCAACUUGGAUUGUCCUCAAGCAAACUGGAGAACUUCUCCUCUUCCCAAACGUCAUCUGGGCACUCCUGGUCAAUGGUCUUACCCUCGGAACCAACGUGGCCAUCGGAACGACUUAUGGUGCCAUCAUCACCGCUCCGCCAUAUAACUGGCCUAAUAAGAGCGCAUCAUACGCCAACAUUGGCCAGAUAGCGACUGCUUUAGUGGCACUACCACUCCUAGGACAAGGUUCAGACUGGCUCAUCAAGCGCAUGGCAAAACGAAAUGGCGGCCUACACGAGCCUGAAGUACGCUUGAUUCCGUUGAUUAUCCCUAUGAUCAUCGGAACUUUUACUUCUGUUCUAUAUGGUCAAGGAGGAUCCCAUCCGGAAAAGUAUCAUUGGUUUGUCUACGUGUGGGCCGUCGCAGCAUACUAUUUUACUUUUGUAGGUGCAAAUAUCGCUGCUAUUACCUACCUGUUGGACAGCUAUCCAGCACGCGCAGGCCCAUUGUUGGUUAUCGUAUGUGCUUUUAGAGGCAUUAUUUCGUUUGGAACGAGUUAUGGAACUGCUCCGUUUAUUGCUAGCCAUGGAUACGAUGGGGCUUUUGGCACUUUUGGUGCACUGACGGCUGCUUUGGGAGUUCUGGGUAUUCCGAUUUAUAUUUGGGGGAAGAAGAUUCGUCAUGUAACUGGGCGGUUUGCAAGGGAUUGA